CAUUCUUCGGGACCGCUCUAGGCCGCCACCACGCCGGCUGGCCCCAAAAACUCAAUGGUUGCUGGGCGGGGUCGUGACGUCCUUGGCGUGGCUGCAAGGGAGGCCGCGGCGGGGAAAAUGGCGGACGGGAAGGCGGGAGAGGAGAAGCCUGAAAAGUCGCAGCGAGCUGGAGCCGCCGGAGGACCUGAAGAAGAAGCAGAAAAACCUGUGAAAACUAAGACUGUUUCUUCCAGUAAUGGAGGGGAAAGUUCCAGUCGCAGCGCUGAGAAGCGAUCAGCUGAAGAAGAAGCUGCCGACCUCCCAACAAAGCCUACAAAGAUCUCCAAGUUUGGAUUUGCCAUAGGUAGUCAGACGACAAAGAAAGCAUCAGCCAUAUCCAUCAAACUUGGAUCAAGUAAGCCUAAAGAAACUGUUCCAACUCUUGCUCCAAAAACUCUUUCAGUAGCAGCAGCUUUUAAUGAAGAUGAAGAUAGUGAACCAGAGGAAAUGCCUCCAGAAGCAAAGAUGAGGAUGAAGAAUAUUGGAAGGGAUACACCAACAUCAGCUGGACCAAACUCCUUCAAUAAAGGAAAACAUGGGUUUUCUGACAACCAGAAGCUGUGGGAGCGAAAUAUAAAAUCUCAUCUUGGAAAUGUCCAUGACCAAGACAAUUAAAUGAUGUUUUGAAAUUGGGGUGUGGGGUGGGUGUAAAGUUAAAAGGAACAGUUUCCUUUUUUAAAGAAUGGUAUAAGACUAUCUUUGGAGCCGCUUUUUUUUUCUUUUUCAUUUUUUUAAAAGAUUGAGUGGUACACUAAUAAAUGAGAGUUUGAAAUUAGAGGUAAUUUAUGUUUUAUAUACAGAUUUCAAGACAUUUGCUAAUUUUGUAGUUUCAUGUGAUUAGUUUCCAAAGGUUACAGAUAAUAAAGAAAUCAGAAAUGGUACCUUUUUAAGAAUUGCAUAUUUUUUUAGACACAACUAUUAGCACAUUAAGAGGGAAGCAAAAAGUUAUUGUCUAUUUAAAACUGCAAGCAGUUACUCUCUUAACUCCCUUAUUACCCAAACUUGUCUGGCUCCCAGGAACAGCCUUAUAGAGAGAGGGAGUAUUGUAUUGGGAGGAAAAUGUUACUGAACUAUUCACUGAAAGUAAAUUUAGAUAAAAUACAGCUUUUUUCCUUAUGGGCAUUUGUUUUGUUUCAAGUCAUCAUAAACAAGGUAUUGCAUUGCUAUCAGUGGAUACAGAUGCUUAGCUCUUAAAAGAAUUUUUUUUUUUAAUGUAAACUGUUGAAUAUUUGAAAUAGCCCACUUCACCUUAAUGGGUCUUGUCUAUCUUCAUUAGUCUUCAAAGAAAAACCAUUUGCUACCAAAGUAAAUCAGUAUUUUGAAUGUGCUUCUCUUGUUUUUUGUUUAUUAGCUAGUUCCUGUAAGCAUUUCCACCAGAACUUGAGGCAAAUCAUAAGGAAGCUGUUUCUUUUAAAACACAAACCACCACCAAAAAUUUAAAUGUACAUAUUGCUUAAAUAUUUGGCUGUUUUUAUUUUUAAAAGGUAUAAACACCAAAAAAAAAAAAUAAUAACAUUGUAUGAAGAUGGAAAACAAGAAGAUGCACUUUCUGUAGCCUUGUCUAAGGAUUUAAAUUACUAACUUGUGAACUCCAAUUUGAAUUGAACUUAACUAUCAGCUUUCUUACUAGUAAAAUUGUAUGGUUUAUGUUAAAUGCGUACGUAUUGACCAGCGGCCUCUGAAAAAGCACAUUUUAGAUACUGAAAUUGAAGGAAAGAAAAUGCAUCUUCAAACAUUUUUUGGAAUCUCACCACAUGUACUUUGUUAGAUUUGUGUAUUGUAGGGUGUUUGUUUUGUAUUUUUGUAUUGUAUAUGAACUUUUUUUUAAAUGUGACAGUUAAACACAUCUUUAAAAGCAUAGUCACAGACAAAAGAAGCAUACAGUAUAAAAAUUUCCUUGAAAACUCCUACAAUAUUAUAUUUGGAGGCAGCUUCAGAUUGUUUUAUUGGUGGUAACUGCUUGCUGAGGUCUUUUAGUUGGUAAUAACUCCAGAGAAGCAGCCUGUGUAUAUUCCUAACAUUUUGUUCACUAGCAUUUAAGUUUAGAAUAAGCCCAAGUAAAACGAUGGAAAUGUAUAUAGAACUCUUAGUUCUUACAUGAUUUAAUUAUAUCAAGAUACAUGAAUUUAACUUACUUUAAUGUAGGCAAACUAUCCUUUUUUUGUCCAUUUUCCUAUUUGUUAAAAUAACAUACCUCUCCUACGUAUUAUUUUCUUGACCCAAAUGAAAUAUUAACCUAAGGUCAAGCUGGGAGAGAGAAAUGACUGAGAUGAAUGUCUUUACUAAAGUACCAAUAAAUUUGUCAAACUCAAUAGUGUGUUUACUUUCUAUUCCAUUUAA